AUGCUACGAAACCUACCGGCUCGAAAGCCACCUGGACGUCCUCGAAAAAAGAAUAAAUGCCUAGAUCGUGACAGGCCUCGAAGGUCGCAGUAUGCUGUGGACUCGCUGAUCAAGCGGUUGGUGGAUAAGCAUGCUAGAGAAGAAACAGAGCUCAACCACGUUGCGAAAGUUAAGCUACAUUUCAUGAGAGGCGGUAAACGAUACUGGAACAUCGAUUUUGAGGAAUACGAGGAAGCUAGCGUCUUGGGAGUUGAAGAACUGGCAAGAGCGAUUAGCUACUCGUACCAGAUGGGACACAACAUAGUACCCAACUAG